UUCAGUUUGUGGUUAAACGUCCACUCGAGUAUUAUGCUUUACAACAAGAAAAUGUUUAAUUUCAAAUUACUGUUUACCGCGUUAGCCUUUAUUUCAAUAAUGGUUCUGGCCAAAGGUAAUCAAUUGAACGACAAUGACUUACGUGAGGAAAAACAAGAAAUCGUUAAAGGCAAAAGUGAGUCUUGUGUGGGUUGCCCACGUCAAUUGGAAGGCGAAGAUUUACGUGUUGCGGAGAAGACGCUACAAAAAUCCCUAACGAAAUUGGCCGCCGGUGAUGGACCUGUUUAUCAACUCGUUAAAAUAAACUCGGCCACAUCCCAGGUAGUUUCGGGAGUUUUAUACAAGAUGAAAGUUGUUCUAGGUGAUGGUGUGCACGCAAUAAAAGAAUGUGAUAUAGAGAUUUGGUCUCAGCCUUGGCUAAUCAACAAUGCCGUUCAAGUGACCUUUAUAUGCCCCGGUGAAGAACUAGUGAUAAAAAGACAUGACGCUUAGAAGGAAAAAAAAAAAAUUAUAUUCGAUCGCAUGUUUUUAAAGCUGUGCCUACUCAAGUGUUAUCUUAUGCUGUGCAUGUAAAAGACUUUACCAAUAAAUUUUAAAAUUUGAACUUUUUUUAAUUCGAAA